AUGGAUUUCAAAGCUAUGCUUCUUCUGUUUGCCUCUGUUCUCUUAGUUUCUGCAGAGGAUCGGUAUGUACGCUACGGUAGUUUUCGUAAAGGGAAUCCAGUAUUCAGGGCACCACCAUCGCCACGUCAGAUGAAUGAAGCGGCUCCUACCGGGGUACCUGUGGCCAUGCCAUUCACUGCUCCCCAAGUUAAGACCAACCGGGAAAUGGCUUUCCAGAACCAAAAGGUUGCAGCUAUCAUGGUGAUUUGGGUUGCAAUUGCUUGCUUGAUGCUGGCUGUUGAUCAGCCGCAGUUGGCACUCCUGAAGCUGCUCCUAGCCCAUGUGCAGCACAAACUUAUAUCAUUACAUCAGUUCCGUCGAUUCUGA